AUCAUAUAUCUUCAUUUAGCAUCACUUCCUAUCUAAACCUCUCUUCUCAACCCAGCAAAAAUGGCUCAAACCACCAUCAACACUGGUCUCCCAAUGUCCGAAAACAUCACUAGGCCAACAGACACCACUCCUCUCAUGACCCAAAUUGCUCCCACCACUAAUCCAGUCCACGAAAUCAUCCCUAGGGCCACCAAUCUCAACCCGAGGAGUCUUACUCCUCUUACCCCAUCCAUAUCCCCCGCCUACCCGGUCCAACAAGUAGUCAUGCCUGCAGCCGUGGCGGCUAAUGUUAGUGCCAUCGCUCCACCUAGUCAGGUGGUAACUCCGUUGCAGGCCAAGAUCAUUCCUGCGGGCCGGGGAAUUAGGAAGAGGGGAGAUUUUCUUGCAAGCUCCGAGGACACAACCAUGAUGGAUCAUGUUAGAGCCACUCAUGAUAUGGAUGCAGUCCAUUACAAAGUGAAACCUCUCGUGCACUUGAUUGAGGAUAUAAUGCCCCGUGCAAAUGCUACUAUUCCAGGAGUUCAGAGUGUUCAGACUCAAUCAUCAGCACGUCUAGAUGCAAUCUUGGAAGAGAAACAGGUUCUCCAUUCUGGCCUUAAUGAAGUCAUUGAAGCAUUUUCCUAUCCUGUCUAUAGAACUUCUUUUGAGAUCAUUGGUGGAUAUUCCACCAACAGAGAUGCACACUCAAUAACCUUAUCAGUCCUCAAACUGCUAGCAAACUUCUGGUGGGACGCAAAGGUUGUGAUCGCCUUCGCCGCCUUUGCGCAGCAAUACGGCGAGUUCGGCCUAGUGGUCCGCCUCUACCCCACCGACCCACUGGCAAAGUCGGUGGCCACCAUCGUGCAGAUUCCGGACCUGAUGGAGAGCUCUGAAUCGUCGAGAGCGGUGAGUUCUAAGUUCCGGGAAGUCGCCAAGCUGGCCGACAAAAUGCUGGAGGUUACUCACAAGAUUAUUGCGUUGAAAGAGAUUGGGUCAGAGGAGAAAUCGCUGAAGGUGAAGUACAGGGUUAGUUUGUACAAGGAGCUUGCUGAAUCUUUGUCGCCGGUGACGGCGGAGCAGGAGAAUAUAAUAGCAAAGGCUUCGUAUUAUGUGGUGAAAGCCGCCGUGACUUGUUCUCUGGUUAUCCUCAACCUAUUGGCUGUUGGACGAGAUUACUACUCCUCAACUGAAGAGGAGUUGGAGAUAUCCACUUUGACUCAUAAGCUCGGUUACAUACUUGGUGAUCUACAAAAGGCACUGCAAAAAUCCACCCAAGAAAUAGGCAAAAUAAAGCACACAAUCAAACGGAAAAUUCUUGAAGAAACUUUGGCUAGAACGCACACUGAUAACAAGUACUCGGCAGAACUCAUCACAUGUGGUGAAAAUGAUCCAACACCCAUCAUUCAUGGAACAGGACUUGAAAUGAAAAAGCAUGGACUUGAUAUUUUGAGGAGAAAGUAUGUGUUCCUAUUGGUAUCAGAUUUGGACAUCCCUAAUGAAGUCAUCACUAUGCUCCGCCAUAUGUAUCUGGAAUCAAAGCAAGAUCCAAGCAGGGCAGAAAGUCAAUUUGAGAUUGUUUGGCUUCCAAUUGUGGACCGAAGAUCGCCCUGGACUGGGGCUAAGGAAGACCAGUUCACGCUGGUUAAAGGUAGCAUGCCAUGGUAUUCAGUAUCUCACCCUUCCAAGAUUGACGAAGCAGUGUAUGGGUAUGUGAAGGAGGUAUGGGGUUUCACCCACAAACCUCUGCUUGCCGUUGUGGAUCCUCAAGGAAAGUUAACAAACGUCAAUGCCCUCCCCAUGUUUUGGAUAUGGGGAAGUGUUGCAUUCCCCUUCAACAAACUUAAGGAAGAAUCUCUAUGGGAUGAAACAUCUUGGAGCAUGGCACUCCUAGCUGACUCCAUUGACCAAAACCUCUUUACAUGGUUGAAUGAAGGGAAGUACAUAUGUUUAUAUGGAGGAGAGGACAUGGAUUGGAUUAGGAACUUCACAAAGAGGACAAGAUAUGUGGCACAACAAGCACGGAUCCCUCUAGAAAUGCUGUAUGUGGGAAAGAUGAACGUGAAAGAAAGGAUCAAAAGGAACAGUGCGACAAUACAGGAGGAGGGGCUGAGCAGCAUCCUUCAAGACCCAACCAUGAUUUGGUUCUUCUGGGAGAGGCUAGAGAGCAUGUGGUUCCUCAAGGGAGAAAAAACUCUUGCAAUGCGCGGUGACGAUAAAACUUACAUUAUCCCUGAAGAGAGCAGGGACCCCAUUCUGCAGCAAGUGAAAGCGAUCCUCAGCUACGACGGCAGCAACCGAUGCUGGGCGGUGUUUAGCAGAGGGUUGGGUGAGAUGACCAAAGGGGAAGGCAGCAAUGUGGUCAAAGUGUUGAAUAACUUUGAUAGCUGGAAGCAUGAAGUGACUGAUGUGAAUGCGUUUAUUCCUGCGAUGGAUAAACAGCUCCGUGGGCUGUACACUAAGCACCACUGCACCCGCAUGGUUGUGCCCGCGGCUGUGGGGCACUACCCGGAGACGGUGGCUUGUGUGGAGUGCGGGCGAACUAUGGAGAAGUUCUUCAUGUAUAGUUGCUGCCUGGACGAGUAUGAGAAUUAAAUUUUGCCGCAAAAGCCAGACCGGUCCGGUCAAUUGCAUCCAAAUAAAGAUCUUGAAUCUUCAGAUCCAUUAUUAGUGUCUGCUCCACCAUACUUUUUGUUACAGUGUGUUAUGUAAAAUAAAGAAUGCAAGAAAGAUGCAGGAUAUGAUAUGAUGCAUCAUUUCACUGGCUUUCCUCUAUUAUUAAUACUUAGAUUGUUGUAUUGGGAGUAUAAUAAUAUGAUCAAUGAAUCUAUUAUGAGUUAUGUUCCGCUAA